AUGUCACAAUCUCUGCCUAAGACCACCAAGCAGUGGAACGUUGUAGACGAAGGCGGACUUGCUUCGCUCCGAUUCAGCGAACAGCCGGUACCUGAUCUGGGAGAUAACGAAGUCCUCGUAAAAUUACAUGGCGCUGCUAUAAAUUUUCGUGACCUAGUCAUCCACCAAGGGAAAUAUCCGUGGCAUGUCAAACCCAACGUCAUCCCUGGGUCAGACGGAGCUGGUGUUGUUCUGGCCGUCGGCAAACACUUCGGGCUAGGCGCUGGGGUUGACGGUACCUUUCGCACCGUCGGAGUGUUCAACGAGCAAGGACUGGUGACAAUGCCUGAAGGGAUAAACUUCAUUGAAGCUGCCUCUCUGAGCUGCGCCGGGGUGACGGCUUGGAACGCUCUGUUUGGACUUGAGGGAAAGAAGGUUUCCGCAGGACAAUGGAUCCUCACUCAGGGCACUGGGGGCGUUAGCCUUUUCGCCGUGCAGUUCGCGAAAGCAGUUGGCGCGAGGGUCAUCGCCACUACUAGCUCUGAUGAAAAGGCAGAAAUACUCAAAAGGCUCGGGGCUGACCAUAUCAUUAACUAUCGGAACACGACAGACUGGGGCGUGGCUGCAAAGCGGUUGACAGGAGGUGUUGGGGUCGACCUUGUUGUCGAAAUUGCUGGAAAUAGCACAUUGAAGCAGAGCGUAGCCAGUGUCAAGCUUGACGGCACCGUCGUGACUGCCGGUUUUGCUGGAGGCGAUGGCCAAGACCAAGGUCUGCCAACUUUGCUGGACACUUGGCUCAGUUUGUUCACCGCUCGAGGUGUGUGGGUUGGUAGCAGGCUUCAGAUGGAGGAGAUGUGCAAGGCAGUUGAAGCCAACCCAGACAAGCUACGGCCUGUUCUUGAUCCCAAAAUCUUCAAAUUAGAAGAUCUCGAGUUGGCAUAUCAAUACCUACAAACCGGAAGGCAUCAGGGCAAAGUCGGUAUUGAAAUUUCCUGA